CUGCCAGUAGCGUUUGGUUUUAUUGCUGCCCUGGCUUUUAUUGGCAACGGUCUUUUUUGCAUUCUUAUGCUGAAGAAUUAUCGGAUGCUCAGAUCUGCAUAUAACUUGCUGAUAUUCAGCCUGGCUGUGACAGACAUGAUAACAGGUAAACGUUUUUAGAAAUCAAAUCAGUCUUUUCCUAGUGUGAGUGAGAAACUAUUGUACAUUAAGAUCUCCAUACAUGAAUUGCCAAUCAGGUUACACUUGGUGACGAGUGUGAAAGUUUAAAGCGUCUUUGAAGUGGUUUCCUACUUUGAAGAGACGCACUGUAGAUAAUACCGUAGUUGUAGCAUGCAUGCAAACACAAAUUAGGAUUAUAUGACCGACACACUAUUUUAUUGCCAUUAAAUAGAGUUUCUUAAGGAAGUCACUAGUUUUUAAACAGUCAUGCGGUAGACCUUAUUUAGGAUGCCCACAGUCUUUGCAAGUAGUAGGGAUUGAUGGAUUUUGAGACCAUCUUCUCAUUUGAUUUUCACUUACAAAAGCGCUCACCAACCACUCUUUCCAUCAAUAUCUGGUAAGGCUCGCUGUUUUUGUCUGCAAUGACGAGCAGCUCUUUCUUUUGUUAUUUAAAAUAAUGAUUCCUUAAGACUGUAAGCUCUCCGGAAUGUUCCAACGUUAAACAUUUCCCUUUAUUCUCACAACUCAGCCAUAGUUUUCUCAUGUUUGUUUGUCCUCUUAGUGAGAAUUUCCACGCAUUAGCCUCGCAUUCAAGACCUACUCGUCCCAGGACCGUCGGGAAUACGAAUAUUGUAUAUUUUAUUUCUUUUUUAUUUUCAAGGAGUGUUUAUUGGUGUGACGCCAAACUACGUUGUCCCCUUGGGAUUCUACCAAGUUCCUGGCGGAUUACCUGGGGUAAUUUUCUGCAAAGUCAUUUGUUCCAGUUACUUCGUGUUUCUACUUGGUAAAGUUUCCUGUCUCACGGUCACCUGUCUUGCUCUGGAAAGAUGGUAUUCUGUGGUUAAGCCUGUCAAAUAUCGACUCAAGUUUAAAAGACGAAGAGUUUAUGUGUAUCUUGUAAUCAUAUGGAUAACCUGUCUCUUAUUGCAUUCAUUAAUACUGUUUCAAAUCACGCUUGAUGAAAAAAACCUGCGAUGUGUGUGGAUAUCGUCCGAUUUUUCCAAACAACUAACAACGAUGACAGCCACAAUCGUGACAUUCUUUUUUCCAAAUGUAGUUACCUGGGCUACGUAUCUGCACAUUUCCCUUGCGCUUAAGACAUCCCCAGCAAUGAAAAAUAAUGGACCUUUCACUCGAGCACGGCUUAAGCUUCUUCGUAUGUGCGUUAUAGUUGCACUGUUAUUCACAAUAUGCUGGUUUCCAAAUCAGCUUUACUAUGUCCUAUCUUCUUAUGGCCUUGUUAGAUUGGAGACCCCUUCUCAUUGGUUUACCCGCGUCCUUGCUAUGUUUAACUCGUGCAUCAAUCCCGUCAUUUAUUGCUCCACAAACCAGGAAUAUAGAAAAGAGUUUCUUACUUUAUUC